AGGUGGGGGGCAGAGGAGGAAGCGGAGCGGCGCUGAGCGGAGCCUCCGCGGGUGGGGGCCGGGCCGGGGCCGGGCCGGUCCAUCCCGCCCAGUGCCUGGAUCCGACGGAAAGCGGAGGAGCCAUUGCGCAAGGGACCGCGAAGAAGGAUGCGCAGGGCGCUGCCGCCGCCCCGCCGCCGCCCGCCGCACUGAGGAGUUGCCCGAAGGACAGCAGCUCCCACCGCCCCCCCGCUCUCCCCCUGCGGGGCACCCCCCGCCCCGGUACCCACCCCGCCCGGCUCCCCCCCUUCCCUCCCAGCCUCACCCCACCCUACCCCAUUCCCCUCCCUCCGCCAGAUGACCACCGAGAGCGGCCAGCAGCGGCUGGAGCCCCCCGUCCCUCUCCGCUCCUGCAGCCCGGCUCCCGGAGCUCUCCAGAUGAGCCGGCCGCCCUCCUCCGCCCUGGAGACCUCCACCUCCUCUUCCUCCACUUCCACCUCCUCCUCCUCUUCGGCAGCGGCGGCGUCCUCCAAGAGCAAGAAGACCAGUUCUGGGCUGCGGAGGCCCGAGAAACCCCCCUACUCCUACAUCGCUCUCAUCGUCAUGGCCAUCCAGAGCUCGCCCUCCAAGCGCCUGACACUCAGCGAGAUCUACCAGUUCCUGCAGGCCCGUUUCCCCUUCUUCCGCGGCUCUUACCAGGGCUGGAAGAACUCCGUGCGCCACAACCUCUCCCUCAACGAAUGCUUCAUCAAGCUGCCCAAGGGCCUGGGCCGCCCGGGCAAGGGCCACUAUUGGACCAUCGACCCGGCCAGCGAGUUCAUGUUCGAGGAGGGCUCCUUCCGACGGCGGCCCCGCGGCUUCAGGAGGAAAUGCCAGGCUCUGAAGCCCAUGUACCGCAUGAUGAACGGGCUGGGCUUCGGCGCCUCCAUCCUCCCGCAGGGCUUCGACUUCCAGGCGCCCCCCGCAUCCCUCGCCUGCCACUCCAACGGCUACAACCUCGACAUGAUGCCCAACGCCAUGGCUAGCGGCUACGAGGGACUCAGUGGCGGCCACCACGUCCCGCACAUGUCGCCCAACCCAGGCUCGACUUACAUGGCCAGCUGCCCGGUGACUGCCAAUGGGGACUACGGUCCCGACAGCAGCAGCAGCCCCGUGCCCUCCUCGCCUGCCAUGGCGAGCGCCAUCGAGUGCCACUCGCCCUACACGAGCCCUUCGGCCCACUGGACAGCCUCGGGGGCUUCGCCCUACAUAAAGCAGCAGGGCCUCCCAGCCGCCAACGCCGCCUCCUCCGGCAUCCACUCCAGUGUGCCCUCCUACUCCUUGGAGCAGGGCUACCUGCACCAGAGCCCCCGCGACGACCUCUCAGUGGGAUUGCCUCGCUACCAGCAUCACCCCUCUCCAGUGUGUGACAGGAAAGAUUUUGUCCUCAAUUUUAAUGGCAUUUCUUCGUUUCACCCUUCCGCUAGUGGAUCUUACUACCACCAUCACCACCAUCAAAGCGUCUGUCAAGACAUCAAGCCCUGCGUGAUGUGAAGGCAGUGCUCCAACAGAGACAAUCAGGUGGCAUAGAACAGAGUCGAGGUAUAGACGGACCCACGCCGAUUAAAUAUAAUGUGCACUCUGAUAGCAUUGAUAGUACACGAGUCACUUAGCAAAAUUACCUAAGGAAGCAGUGUUUUCGGUCCCCCUCCAUCCCUUGAAGGACGUGUACAGCCAAUAGAACGGUCCAAAGCUCUUCCUAAAAGAAAAAUACCUUAUGUAAUGUGUUGGCUUAGGUGGGAUGUAAGUGUCCUUAUGUCAGGUCUGACCACCUUAAUAAUAAACCUCCUUUCUGUGAUGUCCUAAAGAAUCGAGCUUUGAGAAAGGGAACAAUUCCAUAUAUUUUAUACGAGAAAUUGGUUUUGAAUAGGAAAAAUAAAUCUCCCAGAUCAGCACUUGCAAAGACUCCCCCUUCUGUUGCUGCGUUAGAGGGAACUUUACUACUCUUUUUUUUCUCUAUUUCCCUUUUUCCUCUCCCUAAGCCCCACCAAGGACACUUUGUAUGGAAUUCAGCACCGACCAAUUGAUAUUAUUAAACCAGUAUGGUUUAGCCCUUUCGUGUAUAGACUUUAAGAAGAGUUCAUUCUUUUUUGUUUUGUUUUGUUUUGUUUUUUUCAGUAUUGCAGCAAUACAAUGUUUCGGUUUUUAUUUUAUUUGGGUUUUAUUUUUACAAAAGUUGUUUUCUACCACAAUAUUUUUUAAAGAAAUAUUUUAAAUAAAUCUCGUGUAUACUCACACACUAUUGCUUUAAAAGGAGAAUAUAUUUGCACUUAUGUAUACUUUUUACAGUUUGCCAAAAUAUUUUGAUGUACAAAUUUUUUUUUUUUUUCAAUAAAAGUAUAUAAAUGAC